UCAAAGAUGGCGGACACGAGUGCUCGACGCAAAGUCGGUGUCGGUGUUGGUGUGUUUAUAAUCUCCCCUGAUCACCCUAACUGUGUCAUAGUCGGACAGAGAAAAGGGUCAUCUGGGAGUGGGAAGUAUGGAUUGCCUGGUGGACAUUUGGAAUUUGGUGAAGAAUGGGCUGAAUGGGCAGUGAGAGAAACCUUGGAGGAGACCGGACUUAAGAUAAAGAAUGUUUCAUUUGGAACUGUAGUAAAUGCAGUUGUUUCUGAAGAAGAUUAUCAUUACAUAACAAUUUUCAUGAAAGGAGAAAUCGAUGACAGCCACGCAAAAGAGCCAGAGAACUUGGAACCAGAUAAAUGUGAAGGUUGGGGUUGGUAUGACUGGGACACAUUCCCUACUCCACUCUUUGAACCUCUCAGAAUGGCAAAACUACAGGGCUACCAACCAUUUAAUGAUGGAAUGCAUGGUCACAUCAAAUCUGCACUGUUUGGCAUUUGUCCUAAUUAGAACCAUGCACAGUGUCCAUGACACAAGAGACAAUAAACAUUGUGUUUUAGUUAAUAUUAGGUGACUUUUCAAAAUUAAGAACAAGUGCUAGUAAAAAUGGUUCUAUUACUUUUUUGAGGAAGGCAAAUUCAAUUUGCUCAUAAGCAUUUUAUCUGCUGAUAUUUUUGUGGCAUAUAAUCUGAUUACCCACACUACCAAUAGAGCCUUUUACUCUCUCUCCUCUUUUAAGAAAUUAAUUGAGUUUAAAAACUAUACUACUCCUUAUCACAGUUUUCAACAGUCUGUACUGAUUUUAAAUAUCAGGCCUAGGAUGAUAAGAAAUUUUUGACGUUGCCAUAAAUAAAGAUGAUUUCUAAACUGUAA